CUCGUAGAAAAGUUGCAUAUCGUGAAAGGGCAACCGAAGACGUACCGAUCUCCGGAAGGCAAGAGUAUGUCGGGGGAGCCCGUGCAGCGCACCUUCUGCCCCGAUUGCGGGACACCGCUGUACGCAUACGCGGAGGGCGUGCCGUCAAGGUACUGCGUACUGUUGGCUCUGUUCGGGAACAACUUGGAGCCUGGUGUAGAGAUCUUCUGGAGGAGUGCAAAAUCAUGGGAGAGGCCACUCGUACCGUCUGAGUGCUUACACCAGCUUUCGCCAUUCUCGCAGAGUACUACAAAUGGAAUGGAGCUCGAUGGAUGACGAGAGGUGAAGAAUUACAGUGUGCGUCCAAUCUUGUCAUCUUGUUAGCAUGCGUACCAAGUAUGCGUUCGUGACAUUUUUUGGCAACUGGUUGCUGGGCUGUUUAUCGAUGUCACUCAGUACAACAUGAUGACGGUGCAG